AUGAUGGCAAUCGACAAUGAAUACGAUGACAGACGCAUCUAUCAUCAGGAUUCGCCGCCGCUUUUGCUCGAAAACCUGCCAGCAUAUCAGAAUAGCAUGAUCGAGCAGUUGAUCCAACAACAGCAACAACAAACGGAGGAAUGUAUUAAAAACAGCGAGAUAGACAACUGCAUCCUAAAAUCGCCUCCACCCAUACCAUCUCACACUCAGCAGCAACAGCAACAAUCACAGCAACCACUACCGCAACAACAGCAAUCUGUUAACAACUUUUCUACAAAUUCAUCAUUCACGUGCUCAUCGCAGAAUUCACACAAAUCCGCCAGCAAGAACGCGACUUUGCCAGAGCAUCGUACAGAAGAACGCAAUAAGCAAUGGAUGCAAGAAUCGCUAAAGAAUUGUUCAAAGAGACUCGAGGAUAUAUCCCUGCGUGGUCAGCAAUCGAGUCCACUAGAAGCAACACCGCUGUCAGUGAAGCUCAUCGAGGCCUACUCGAGCUACGUGUGGAGUGAUACCGAACACAUCUAUGAAACAAUAUCAAAAUCAGACAGCGAGCCAAUCUAUUCAUCGCCAUACGAGCACCAUCAACAACAUUGGACGCAACAAACAAACCAUACCAUGACAACGCAGCACAGCGGAAUCGCGCAGAACUAUUUGAACAAAGGCCAGCAGAAUCAGAAGUGGUAUUCCUUCUCAAAGAGCAACAGUUCCGGCGAAGAAAAAGAUAGCACAAGCGCUUACAACACCGGCGAAUCCUGUCACAGUAAUCCCUUAACUCUGGAGCUGCAUCAGGAGAAGGAUCAUUAUAAGAGCAUGCUGGUAUUGUGCCCGCCGAAGACGUCGCAGCAGCAACAGCAGCAGAAGGUCGGUUGCAAUUGUCCUAUGCCAGUAUUGCCAACCGCAACGUUCGCAGUGGUAAAGCAAUCAUCGAAAAACCAAAACGUAAAGAAAAGCUCAUCAUCGUUGCAUUAUUACAAUAGAAACCGCAACGAAUCUUCAUUGAUGAACGCCAAUACUAUGGCAGCCGAUACUGUGUACACGAACGUGGCAAAUUUGCAACAAACAAUGAUGCUCCAACAACAACUAUUCAAACAAGCACUCAACCACAAAAACUUCACAUCUAAAGAAAUGUUCACAAGCGGUGCGAGGAAACCCAAGUCGUAUGGCAACUUUCAGGCACCAAAUCUCACACAAUACCAGUUCGUCGGUAGUCAACAAGUAUGUACGUCUACUACUUGGAUACCACCGGAAGACAAGAGCGAAGUGCAAAUGGAAUGGAAAGUGAAGAGGAGAGCGGACGGGACGAGGUACAUUGCCAGGCGGCCAGUCAGAAAUUGGAUACUUCGGAACAGAGCGAUCAAGAUAACAGACGAAAGAACCGGUUAUACCAAGGACGAUACUAUGUCAGAAAUGAAGGUGGUUGUUAAGCAGUGCUCUAUUAGCGGGAUGAGGUCAGAGGAGACUUUGUGUGAGGCCUUUAUUAUUAAGUCCCCUCUGGCAACCACCUACUUCUCCUACAACAACCAAUUUUAUGAACAAACAUCAGGAGCGGCAAUGAGCUCUACUAUCUCUCCUGUAAUCGCCAACAUCUUCAUGGAGCACUUUGAGAAAGAGGCCCUCGGAAAAACACCGCAAAGCCAGAAGUUUGGUUCCGCUAUGUAG